CACCCACUUCUCUCACUCGGGGCCUCGGGCAUAAGAAGCCCUUUUCUGAAGUUGCCCUCCAGACGACAGAAUCCCUAAAAGGUCCCUGUUUUCCUCUGCCACCCUCAAUCCUCGCAGAGUCCAGGCUCUGCUUUGCGGUCGAUAUACCCCGAUCACUGCGCGAAAGCAUUUGAUUUCCCGUUGCACAAAAGCAUUCCAUCGUCCGUUUCUCGAAACGCCGCGUCUUGGUCGAUUUCUCAGUUCAGUAAAAAUGGUUUCAGGAUUAAUAAAUGCCAAUCCUGUCAUCUACCAAAAGAAAGAGCGCCAGGUUAGGAUUGCACCUUGUGAUUCCGAUGAGUAUGCUGUGGAACCUGUGGACCAACAAGAAAUUUUUGAUCAUAUUAGAGAUAUAAAGGAUCCUGAGCAUCCAUAUUCUUUAGAAGAGCUGAAAGUGAUAACAGAAGAUGCAAUUGAAGUAGAUGACAAGCGUAGCUAUGUUAGGGUUACUUUCACUCCCACAGUUGAACAUUGCAGUAUGGCAACAGUGAUUGGCCUUUGCUUGCGUGUGAAACUUCUGCGCAGUUUGCCAUCUCGUUACAAGGUGGAUAUCAAGGUUGCACCUGGAACUCAUGCUACCGAAGCUGCUGUUAAUAAACAGUUGAAUGAUAAAGAACGGGUGGCAGCAGCACUGGAAAACCCUAACCUUCUGGACAUGGUUGAUGAAUGUCUGGCUCCAUCAUAUGGUUGAGCAAGUAAUAUUUUGGAACAAUGCAUUUGGAUGGACUAAGUGCAAUCCUCUUCCCCUGGAUCACAUCUGCCUCUGGUCACUGUAAAAUUAUCCUAUCCCCACCCCCCACACCCCGGGGCCUUUGUAUCCUAGAAGUCAGGAAAUUUAAGUUACAAAAAGUUGUACCUAUUUUUUUGUUCCUGCAAGUCAGAAUAUCCAACACAUUGUAUUGUUUUAUAGAACAUUUUGUUUUAAUAAUGGAGCACAAACGAGUGUAUACAUAAUUUUCA